AUGUCAAGUGAAGCCCCAUGGCACGCAGCCUUUCCCGCCCCCAAGAGCGUGGCGCCCUCCAUAUCGCGAGAGGAGUUCCUGCAAUGGAUUCGAGAGGGUAAACAAGCUGGCAAGGACUUUGUGCUUGUUGACCUACGGCGUAAUGAUUAUGAGGGUGGCACAAUCCAAGGAUCACUGAACCUGCCUGCCCAGAGUUUAUACCCCACCAUUCCGACAUUAUAUUCCCUUGUAUCGAAUAGCAGUGCAAAAUUUGUGAUUUGGUAUUGUGGAUCUUCUGCAGGCCGGGGUACCCGCGCAGCUGGCUGGUUUGCCGAUUAUCUCAAGGAGAAGAAUGAUACAGAAAUCAAAAGCUUGGUACUUGCAGGUGGUAUCAAAGGAUGGGCUGCAGCUGGAACGGAAUAUACUGCCUUGAUGGACGGCUAUGAUGCUUCGGUCUGGACGAAGUAG